CUGGGUGCAGUACGCCAUGCGGUACUUCUAGGGUCUUGGCGCUAUGCAAGCGUAAAUAAAGUGUGCGAAGACCAGUACAUCGUGGCUAUGGAUGUGACGCCUUGGGAAACGUGCUUGCGAGAAUUUGUCUAGGGUGUUGGGCUGGCGUAUAUUGUAGAUCGUUGUCUGAAUUUCUCGCAUUGGUAUCCAUCAUGAUGGAGUAGUCCAGGACUAUGCUGCAUGAUGGGAAAUCAGGUCAUUUGCCAUCACUGCUACAGCAGACGAAGCCCCACUCCACAAGAAGCCAGGAGGAUCCGUGUGCUGCUAGUUGGUUUGGACAAUGCAGGAAAGACUACUGCGGCCAAAGGUCUUGUAGGCGAGGCGGUGGCCGAUCCGGCGCCGACGCUGGGCUUCUCGCGCCUGGAGCUGCGCCGCCGGGGCUGGUGGGUCGAGCUGUUCGACGUGGGCGGCGGCCGCGGCAUCCGCGGCAUCUGGCGCAACUACCUGGCCGAGUGCCACGGCCUCGUGUUCGUGGUCGACGCCAGCGACGAGGCGCGCGCCGACGAGUGCCGCGCCGCCCUACACGCCCUGCUCGAGGACCAGCGCGUACGCGGCAAGCCCGUCCUGCUGCUGGCCAACAAGCAGGACGUGCCGUCGGCGUUGGACGAGGUGGAGCUGAACGAGCGGCUGCAGCUGGAGCUGGUCGCCAAUCAGCAUUGCUGCCCGAUGCGCAUCGAGCUGUGCUCGGCCCGGCUGGCCAGCCACGCCGGCAAGAAACGCCACCUGGCCGUGGCCACCGGCUUCAACUGGCUGACGGACUACGUAAUCGAGAACCACGCCAGCUUGGAGAGCCGCGUGGCGGCCGACCUGGCCGUGCGGGCCGCUGACCUGGGGACUGGUGACUGGCUGACCGGUGCCGACUGGGGACUGGUGGCUGGUGUGGUUGAGAGCCAGUGGCCGGCUGACCCCUGCUGGCUGGAGGCGCAGAUCGAGGAAGUGUUCACGCGCACCGAGAUGGGCCGGCUGCCGAUUCCCGAGUCGCCGGCGCUAGAGAAAGACUCUGGCCAGGGCAGCACAAAGGAGAGUGACUCGGACGUUCUCACCUCGUCCAGCGCCUCCCAACGCUCGACACAGCUGAAUGGAAUCGAAGGUACGAAGCGGCGGAACCGCUUCUUCAAGCGCUACACGAAGACGGCGCCGAUGCCGGACGAUGUGCGCGUGACGUCGCUGCCCUCCACACCGCUCACGCACCAGUAG